GGUCAUUGAUAUGGCUUCGGCGCGACGGUCAUGCAGGAAUAAUCCUGACGUUUUCUGCUACAUCUGCGGAGAAUACACGCUGUCAGUGGACAGGAAGAACAUCACAGGAUUUGUGAAGCGCGCCUACCAGGCUUACUUUGAAGUCAAGCUGGGUGACCAAGAUAAGUCCUGGGCACCGCACACGGUGUGCAAGACGUGCGUGGAAUACCUCCGGCGGUGGACGAAGGGCGCGAAAACUUCACUGAAGUUUGGGAUUCCGAUGGUUUGGAGGGAGCCGUUUGACCAUGCAUCGGAUUGUUACUUCUGCGCCAUCAAUACUACUGGCAUCAACCGGAAGAAUCGGCACAGCCUCCAGUACCCCGACCUUCCAUCUGCCCGCCGUCCAGUUGCUCACUGCGAAGAAAUUCCUGUACCAGCGUUCAGAGAGCUUCCUGACAGCGACGACGAGACCACCACUAUAGACGAGGGAGGAGAUACAGAAGAGGAGUAUGGUCCGCAGCCCUUUUCACAAGGUGAGCUUAAUGAUCUGGUUCGGGAUCUCAGCUUGUCGAAGACUUCCUCCGAGCUGUUGGCCUCUAGACUCAAAGAGAAAAAUCUACUUGGCGAGGACGCGCGUAUCACUUUCUUUCGUAGAAGGCAUGAGGACUACAUGGGCUACUUCUGCCAGGAGGAAGACCUCGUGUACUGCCGAGAUGUCGCCGGUCUUUUUGUUAAACUCGGCGCUUCUCAAUACGAUCCGAGAGAUUGGCGACUUUUCAUUGACAGCUGCAAGCGCUCUUUGAAGUGUGUGCUCCUCCACAACGGGAACCAGUUCGCCUCAAUCCCUCUUGCGCACUCCACAACUCUCGAAGAGAACUAUGAAGCAGUGAAGUACGUGCUCGACAAAAUCCAAUAUGAGCAGCACCAAUGGAUCAUCUGCGUCGACCUCAAGAUGGUGAACCUGAGUAAUGCAGAGACAGCACGAAAAUUGGCGCAAGAGAAAACGAGGAAAAUCCAGAGGGCGGUGCGGACAGCGAAGGAAAGGAUCGCCCUGGCACAAAGGAGAAGGAACAGCAAGUAUCGGAGAGGAGGAGAAGCUUUCCAGGGACGCAGGGAACGGCACGCGCACACCUCUUCGACGGUCGACGCGACACAGACAACCUCCAGGAAGAUUACAAGUCGAUCCCAGCAGAACUGA